AUGUUUUUUACAUUAGGGAAAUUCAUGUUUCUAUUUCUUUUAAUUUUACCCUCAUCGCUGGUCCUGAUUGGAAAUGGUAAGGCACUUUAUCUUGCGUGAUUUUUACUCUUUUGUAACUUAGGAAAGUCAGUCUGGAUACUCCAACUUUCGAAUCCCUUAGCGUCCAGUGAUGUUUUAGGCAUUUGGAAUGAUCGUACCAAUGUAGAGCUAGUAACAACUUGAGAGUUGCAAUUCGGGAGAUUGUUUCGCCGACGAGAGUGUUUUAUUUUCGACCUCGCAGCAACUCUCGAAUCUUGCUUCUUUCUCUCUGUUCUUUGAUGAACAGAAGUUGUUGCCUUUACGUUGGGCGAAUGAUUUCCUUUGUUUUGUCUGAGGACUAGAUCUUAAUCAAUAAACAGACCGUUAGAGAAUAGCAGUUGAAAUGUCAUGCAUACUUCACUCACAAUGUUUCCUGUUUAAAACAAACGUUAUUUUUAUCUUCGUUUGUGUACGUGUCAUGAAAUUAUUGGAAUAUAAACAGACAUAUGUGUGAUGGCGCGAGAAGACGAGGUCGAAAAUGAGCAAGAAGUUGCAAAACCGACUGAAGCUGAAGCCGCAGGAGAUGAAGAAUAUGUUGAAGAUGUUGUAGAAGAAGAAGUUGACGAUGGAAAGGUUAGAGUUAUAAGAGUUACUGAUGAAUGUGUAGACUUCUCCCCAGUGUUAUUUUUAUUGUUAACUUGCUUUUAUAAAUUGAUACAGUUAAAGCUUUUAUGUGAAGUCAUGGUUCAGUUAUUUCAUCCCAUACCUUUACUGCCAGUCUCUCUUUGGUAACUGCAUCAAAGGGAAUCUCAUUUGUUGUGUUCAUUUUCUGAUUAUUAUUAUAGAGAGUGAAUAAAUGAAACUGUACUGGGUCAUUGAAAAACAACAUUAGAAUUAAAAUGAGCACUAAAGUAAUGAAAGUAUUUGUUUCAACAACCUGAUCAAGGGACUUUCAAUAGUAUGUAAAAUUAACAAAACUGUAAAUUCCUUUUACUGACUAAAAUGCUCUGUAGACCUGUGGGCAUGUCUAUCUUUUAACAUAGCUCACAUUUUGAGGUAUUUUUGCAUUAUUUUUGGGUUAAUACCCAGUUUCAAAAUCAUUCUGAUUCAAGCUAUAGGUGUAAUGUGAUUUAUUCAUGAAAUUUGGCUAUUUUCCAGUAUUCACUCCUUAUAUUGUUGUUCUUAUUUCAUUAUCCAAGCCUUACACCUUUAUGUUACUGCAGUUCCCUAUUUAAAAUAAUGCAUUUUGACAACUUAAGUUCCAAAAGUAACUAAAACUUUAGUUUUAAUGGGUUUUCACAUAAGCAGUAUCAAAUGGUAGUUUUCAUGGGUUUUCUCAUAAGCAUUAUCAAAUGGUAGUUUUCAUGGGUUUUCUCAUAAGCAGUAUGAAAUGGUAGUUUUCAUGGGUUUUCUCGUAAGCAGUAUCAAAUGGCAUUGAGAGCUGUCCAGUAAUAUUUAUAUCUAGGGGUAUCAACAUUGUUCAGGCAAUGUUGACCUUAGUUGAUAUUUGUUACAUAUAAUUUACUAACCGUACCAGAGACCAAAUAACCCAUAUUCAGCUGUAAUUUUGAAUGCUAUGUUUGCAGUAUUAUGCCUUGUUAAGAUCAUUACUUUUCAUUGUAUAUAAAGGUGGUUUUGUGGUUAAGUAUUUGUUAGUGGCAGAGUUCCAAUUUGCAUUAAUUUGGCAAAAACAGGUUGACACUGAGGAAGAGGAGGAAAAAGAAGACAGUCCUGCCAAAAAAGACACUGUAAGUAGUGAUUUCAUUAGUAGAGAGAUUAAGAGUCACAUUUACAGCAAACGACAAACGUCAGAUUCAAGUUGAGAAUUUCUCAGAAUAAAAAAUAAGCAGAUAAAAUCUGUACAGAACAAUAAUUUAUUAUUUAUAAAACUGGCGUGAGACUACUUGCUUUUUAUCUGAAGUAAUAAAUAGUUAACAACAAUUAAGGGAAGAACUUGGUCACAUGGUACAAAUUCCCUUUUGCCUUUUGGUGUAAACGUGAAUCUUAAUCUCUCUAAUCAUUGCUUUUUUUACCUGCACCUCCUGCAGGUUCCAGUGAAAAUGGGAUUGUUUUAUGUUUUAAAUUGUAGCAACUUUGAGUUGACCAUUUUCAUAGAGAAUAUUCUGAACUGGCUGACAAGAAUGAUUUUCUGGGUGUCUUGACUUAGAAAUUUAUUUGUUGAAGUAGAUAAGACGACAUUUUCAGUUAAUACACAGGAAAAAAUUGCAAAAAAACAUCAAAGGUUUUUUUGAAAUUCCCACUCAUUGUUAAAAACCAUUAAUGGUUUUUAUAGGGAAUUAAUUUUUUUAAGUGGAAAAACAUUAAUGUUAUUUCGAAUUUAUGAAUGUUUUUUUAACAAUUAACAUAAACAGUCUAGAAGUCAUGGAUGGGUUUACAAUAAUAGCCAUGAAUGGUAUUUUAUACAGAAUAAAACCAUUGUUGUGGGUUUAAAAUACCAUUAAUGUGUAAUUUAUGAAACCAUUCUUGGUGUAAUCAAUUCCCAAUAAUGUUUAUAUGUUACCCAUCUAUGUAAAUAUCUUUAAACACUAAUGGGAUAAUACAUCAUUAUUGUGCUUUUAAAAUACCAUGAAUGUGUUUUUUUUUACUUUUGCAAAACAAUUCUUGGUGUAAUCAAUUCCCAACAAUGUUUAUGUGUUACCCAUUUAUGUAAACACCAUUAAACAUUUAUGGGAUAAUACAUCAGUACAAACCAUUGAUGUUAUUAGAAAAGAACGCAAAUGUUAUGAUACUUUAAACCAUUAAUGGUUUGUCUCCAUGAGUUGAAAAACCAUUAAUGUAAGGAUUAAAACAUAAAUGGUUUGUGUCAAACUUUAAAAGCAUUCAUGUGAAUUCCAAAGACCAUGCUUGUAUUUUGAGAUUCUUUCUCCCAAAACCAUUCUUGGUAUAAACCAUUUCCCAACAAUAUUGGUAUUUUACCCAUCCAACUAAAUGCUUUAGCCACUGAUGGAACAGUACAUCAACAAAUCCAGCAAUUCCAAUAAAAGAGGUAAUGACUACAUUUUGGUAUCAUAAAUUAACAUUUUUAAUGCAAAAUUCUAGUACUGGUAUUCCUUAGAGGGGAUUAAUUACAUCUGUCAUUAUGGUGUUACUGCAGGUAAAGUAUUUUGUUGUUAAGCUGACAGUUAUUGACAGUUAUUGAGCACAUGCUAUCUACAUAAAAGGCAUCAUUUCCCAAGUGUUCCCAUUCCAUUCUCCAAUUGCCACACACACAAUUGCAUUCCAGGAUACUUGGUCUAAACAGGCAUUUCUCUCAGAGACAAAUACAUCAACAAGAAUGGAGCCAACUUCUCUUUCCCCAUUUCUGAUGUAAUAUCGGACCUUAGCAAGUUGAUUAGUUACAUCCACAGUCAUUACUUCUCCAAGCCAUGGCUCAGGAUCAGUUCCAUUGAUCAAAACCAUAUCUCCUCGCUCAGGGUAAAAUGGAACGACAAUAUCGUGCUCAGACAAUGGCAUACUCUUCCUCAUAAAGUCAAUAACAACUGACUCUUGGGGCUCAAAAGGAUUGGAAACAACCAUAACCUUUCUCAAAAUACAUGUUACGGGUUGAAUAACCAUUUUAGGGAGGCUAUCUUUGCAUAGAAUAGGAAAACCAGUUUCAGAAAAUAUCACAAUGUUUCCAUUUUCAUCAAGCUUACUAGGAAGAAACUGGCCUUGGACAAAUCUGGUUGCCUGGUAGGGCACUAGAAUUGUAGUCAUAGACAUCAUCCACGUGCACAGUAAUGGUGACGUUGUCCCCGGUAGACAAAGGGGAUGAAAAUUCAUCAAUGCCUGAGUCGUUGUGUGAAUCACUGGGUUCUUCAUUUCUGUUUGAAACAAAGGAAUACUUGUGAUCAGGUGCAACCUCAAGAGAAUACAAAUGAUUGUGGAUAUUGCCCAUUUAUUUGUAUAUCAAAAGCAGUCAUGUAUACAUGUUAAAAUGAUGAGCCUAUAUUUUUGUGAUUACCUGGGUAGCCCAAGAUCACCAAUGGCUUGUUGUUGUUGCCAAUGAGAAUAUUCCAGGGAACGUGCAACUGCAGCACCAUUGCAGCUGGAACAAGGGCAAUGUACGUGUCUAGAUUUUAACUGUGAACAGUUACAGCAGACAAUAUCAUCUCUUGACCAAACAUAAGGUUCAAAUCUUCGUCUUUUAGUUUCCAUAAUAUCGGGCAGCUGGCUCACGACGGGUAAAAAACAAAGAUCAGUAACGCCGAAUUUCCCGCGCGAAGAUAUCCUGUCGAUGCCGAUCCUUCACCAUAAUUUCAAAAAGCCCUCCAAAGGAAACGUCAAUCGAAAACGCCAAAUUUCCCGCGCGAAGAUAACCUGCACCAAUCACACCCCAGCUUUUUUUUUAUCAACCAAUCAGGUUGCGGAAUGACGGUGAAGAUCCCGUGUUUGAUCCCGGCGUUGUUCAUUCCACCCAUGAAUUGUGCAAGUGAGGACGUGACGGUUUUGAAUUGGUCUUCUUUAUUCUUCGUUUGUUGUUUAUUGACAACCAUGGGUGAAAAUGAAACGUCCAGUUCCGUACAAGAAAUGAAUAUCCAAGAAGUGAAGGAUUUUAUUGCGAAAGAAUUCCAAUUAGAAAUUGCCGAGAAGUUCGAAGGUAAGCUUGUGUCGCAUUGUGUUUUUCGCGCCAUUUUACACUGCGUAUGAUGGUCCGUUUUUUCUUUCCGAUAACCUACUAGUAUUUGAAAAAAGGCCUGAAACUUUUCAAUUCAGCUUUGGGUUCAUUAUUGUGCACUUCGAAUUAACUCAUAUUAAACGUGAUCGAGUUUUUAUCGCUCUGCCUUGGGGGAAAACUGGUCAUUCACUGAAAGUUUUGGCGCGAAAGAAAGAAACGUCAUUUUUGAAUAAAGAUGAGAUAUUAAGUGCUGUUAAGUUAUUAAGAUUUAAUUUAACCUUACUUUAGUUAUCUUUGCAACUUUUCUAUAGUCUGUUAGAAGGGCUAGAAAUCGUUCACAUGCCAAUUCAAAGAUGGCGGCCGCAAUCUUAGAUCGAUCAACAUUCGAUUCGUUCCUUCACAUUCGGUUCAUAGUUGGUGUGUUUUGUUAUUGAAAAAAGUUUAAGUUUACCUGUACUAUGUACAAUAAUUUCCUCUUCUUGUUCUUUUUUCUGCAAACAGCGCAAAAAAUUGACGGCAAAUCCUUAUUAUUGCUAUCAAAGAAAGCAACAAGAGAACAGUACGAAGCCUGCGGGCUGAUGACAGUUGGUGACCAACUUAAACUAACCACGCUGGUCAACGCAAGCGCCGAUAUAGAUGAAGCGUCGAGUAUUGUGAUCACCGCAGUUAAGGCAAAAAAGCCGUCGAAGGCCCAGCUGAAUGAAAUCAGCGAUAUGAAUAGAAGAAUUUACAAGACGAAGUGAGUGAUAUAAGCUGGCAAUUAAGCUUUCCAUGCCUGUAACUUAAAUUUCUCGAGCACGACUCCAGAGUUUGUAUUUCAAAUUUUGCGUUGUUUAGCUUUUCAUCAUCAACACAUGAACACUGGCUUGAAUUUGAGAACGUUAUUAUUCUAGGUUGUAAACACGGUGUAAAUUUUUUUUUACAAAUAUACUUCCUGCAUUAUUUCAUUUCUGCUUUUUAUUUGUAAGCCCCAAGUUUUGCGGGUCGAUCAUUUCGGAAACGAUAGCUGAAACGAACUGAUUAUUGUACACAUGUAUCCUUUGUUAAUGUAUCAUUAAAAGUUGAAAGUUUAUAGCCUUGGAUGAUUAUGGUUGGUUUUAGUGGUGAACUGUUAGAAGUGUAACCUUAGCUUUGCGGAAUUGGCGAUUUCCAUGAUAACUAUAUCAAAAAAAAAUUCAGUGCAGAGGAUUAUUAAGAAGUUAAUUAACUAACCACAAAUCCACUUGGAUGUUUUCAAAUUUCUUUUGAUGGGAACUAAAAUAUCACAAGUGAGAAUGGAGAUUGCUAAUUCUCAAUAACGGUUUUUACAUUACCUUUCAAAAUAAAAAUUUUAUUCCAAUCAUUCAUGUUAACAACAAUAUAAAUAAACAUUGAUGGGUUUUCCUUCAUCAUGGGAAAUGACAAUUUCCCAAUGACAGCUAGUACAUUAAAAUAAUCUGAACAUAAAACAGUAAAAAACAUUGUUAUUUGAAUUACCAUUAAUGUUAAGCUAUUAAUUCCCAAUGAAGGUUUAUAAAUUACCAUUUAUGGCAAUUUGAUUCCUACCAUGGGUUUUCUUUCAUGGGAAGUAGCAAUUUCUCAAUAACACUAUUAAAAUAACCUGAAUGUUAAAACAAUAAAAGAUGAUGUUAUUAUUUGAAUUACCAUCUAUGGUUAAGCUAUUUCCCAAUAAUGGUUGAUAAAUUACCAUUUAUAGUAAUUUGAUUCCUACCAUGUAUGGAAUUAAAAUGGCAAUAAACAUUGAUGGGUUUUUCUUCAUGGGAAGAGGCAAUUUCCCAAUAAUAGAACAUUAAAAUAACCUGAAUGUUAAAAGACUAACAAACAUUAUUGUUAAUUUGAAUUACCGUCAAUGUUUGAAAAGAAUUUAACAUCAAUGAUACAUUACAUAAAACCAUCAGUGGUAAGUUGGCACUAACCAUCAUUGGAAUUUGUAAUUAACAUUUAUGUGAAUUUUGAAAGAAAAACAUUAAUGGUAAGUGUCCAACUUUAACAUUUAUGUUUUUUUUCCUUGGGAAUUGAUGAAAUCCCAUUCGAUUUUACAUCAAUGAUUUUCUGCAAUUUUUUCCUGUGAUAGGUCAGUUUAUUAGGUUUAAAUGUUUCCUGAACAGCAAUAUUAAUGUUCAGAGUUGAACAUUUGACGUGGUAUGACUUUGCUGGGAGAAUAAAUUGUGGUGAAUUUCACAGCCUUGCUUUCUAUGGUAAUCUUAUUAUGUAAGAGUAGAAAACCAAUAAUAUUGCUUUCGCAUUUUCAGAAAACUGAGGCCGAAGGUGGUGAAGAAGAAGAGGAGAAAGAGGAAGCACUCAAGCCAUCACCAGAUGCUGAUACUGUCAUUCUUUUUACCAAGCCUGCCAACCAAGGUACGUGAUACCCUAACAGCAUGCAAAGAAAGUAGUGUCCGAUAGCCCGGGGCUAGUGAAUUCUGUUCUUAACUUGCCGGACGAGCAAGUGAAGUAGUUUGAGGAGUACAACUUACAGAAGAACUGUUAAAUCAUUUCUGCUCUUGAAAAAAUUUUGGGGGUUAGUUGAAAUGACAUUUGGGCUAGUAAGUGUUAGCUUCAGCUUGCCCGAAUGGCAAGCUGUAAAAAUGACUUUCUUUGCACCCCUGCCCUAAUGACUUUCAUUCUGGGACAAGUUCAUUCCAUCUCCAUAUAUUUUUCUGUAUUGUUUGCAUGAUACCAAUCAAAAUGACAUUUCAUUCCAAUACAAGUCAUCCCUCUGACAUGAAAUUUCAUUCUGGUAUAAUGUAAACUAAAAACAAACUUUGUUCCAGAUUGAAAAUCAUGUAGCCUUGGGCGAGAGUGGUGCAUGCAUGUCUGAUCUGGCGCAAAAAGCAUGUGAGCAAAAACACCUUAAGCUCUCUUAAGCCAAGCCGGUCGAUUAUUCAUUCUGCAGUGAAAUUCAUACCAGAAUGAAAGUCAUUUCAGUAUCAUAUAAACAGCCCCGGCCUUACACACCUGCCCUUGUUACUGAAGCUUCUAUAAAGUAGAGGUUUGUUAUAAGGAUGUUCAUCAUUUAUUAAUAGAUCCAAAUUAAAUGCAGGACUCUCAGUAAGAUCAACUUAAGACAUUUUCGGGGCUGUGCUCUAAGAAAAAUUGAAGGGAGCCUGCUGCUCUGAACCUGUGAAAUCCAGGGUGUCCAGCUUAAAAUGACUUCUGUGAAAAAACUAAGAUUUUCUAGUACGUAACCAAGGAGCCAAAAGUUAGGUACCUGGGGUCACAAGGUGCUGUUAGAGCACAGCCUGACGUGGUUUAAGAACUUAUUGUCAGCAGGCCACUAACUGGAUUAGGAAAAGGGCGACAGUCAGUCAGAAAAACUGUUUAUGACUUCCUAAGUUUCAAAACAAUUUUUGCUUCCAAGUAACAUUUCUUUGAAAGAUUUUUUUUUGUUAUAGAAUAUCCAGCUGGUGAGGUGAUCAAGUGUCUUGUUGGUCUGGCAAAUAAUGGCAAGAAUGAUUUCAUUGUGGAACUGGUAGAAGCAUCUCUGAGGUAACUGCAUCUUUAUCAGUUACAAAAUCAUGGGUAAAAGUUAUAAAGUAUAAAGUAUGGUAGUGGUAAUGCAAUAAUAGACGGACAUUUCCUUCUUUUUUUCUUUUGGUUUUUAAGAAGGUCUAAAAGAAACUUUACAUUUUUGCAGAAUAAAAAAUGACCAGAUUUUAACUUGCUGGGUAUAUACAAUAAUAAUUAACAGCAGUAGGAGAUGAAUUGAAGGGCUAGCAAAAACUUUUUUCACUUGUGAAAACUACAGUCACAGACAAAAGUAGUUGGGAAGGUUGUACAACUUAAUGGUAGUCCAUUUUAAUCCUCAAAAAAGAGAGUUUUCUCUUUUGCUAAAUAUCCCCCAUCCCCCCUAUUCAAUGUUGGGAUGUAACAGAACAAUAUCGCACACAAACAUUAACGUUUUGCUCAACAUUGGGCCAGGGGCGAGGGAGGAAGGAAAAAAAGAAGUAGAAAAAGCAACCUUCCUAGCACUUUUGACGAUGAUUGUAGUUAGAACCACUCUUAGACUCAUCUACUUAUAUACAUCCACAAUAAAAUUGUAAAACUUUCCAAAUAGUCUAAUUAUAGAAAGAUUACAAAGUAUACCGCUAUUCAAACACUUACACAAGGUCCUGAAAUAAACAAACUAUGAACCCUUGCGAAGUUUAUCUGAGAAUGUAACCCUAGUCACGCAAAACAAUUUUUUUUAACAAAGUUGAUGUUGUCCUCACUUUAAUCACAUGCUGUAUUUGUAUUGCAGGUAUCCUCAAGAUUACACAUAUUUCAUUCAAAAUGUAAGUUAUCUUUAAAUUAAAAAUGCUCUGCAAAAAAUAUUUUUUUGCUGUAAACAUUUUCCUUUUUCAUUUGGAAUUAUGUCUGUUACAUGUAGUUAAAAGUAUUUUACAUUAUUACCACUACCAUAACAAAAGUUAUGAAUAAUCAGCAAAUUAAUUUCAACAAAUUUAAAUAUUAUAUGAAAAUUUGAGAAAAUGUUGUUUUCUUAUUUUUUUAUUUAUUUGUUAUUAUUUUUUUACAGUUUACUGCAUUCCAGUACAAUACUGUAGUUCAACCAGGUAGUCAGGUAUGUUAUUUUUUCACAAAUUUUGAUUCAACAGGGUUGAAGUAUUGGUCUAACCAACUAGUACAUACAGGACACCAAGCAAGUGUUUUAGGGGACCCAGGAUGUUGCCUCUUAACCCGCUCCUGGUUAAUUUUCAUACCAUCAGCUCAAAUUGCCCUUGAAAACAAAGAUAAAAUGGGCUAAUUUUGAAGGUGCAGUUAAGUAAAAAAGCCAGCAUGACUAAUAAAAAAGCCUGCUCAGCUUUUGCUCAUACACAUCCCUGGGAACCACAUGGCUCCUUAAUAUGUCAAAGUCAUCACUAAUUCCAAAGACUUUGUCACCAGAUUUACUUCUAAUUAGAAAGCCGGUUUUACUCUACUAUUAUGAGAGUUAGACUCUCCAGAAUGAUAUUGAGAAUUUUCAGUGCAGGUGCCAUUGGAUAGUUUUAAAUCUGCAUUACGAACAUCCAGUCUGACCCAAUGCAGGGUGCAAAGAAAAUCAUUUUUACAGCUUGCCAUUCGGGCAAGCUGAAGCUAACAGUUACUAGCCCAGAUGUCAUUUCAACUAGCCCCAAAAGCUUUUUGAAGAGCAGAAUUGAGCUCACAGUUCUUCUGUUAUUUGAAUUCCUCAAAAAAGAUCACUUGCCUGUCGGGCAAGUUAACAACAAGCUUAACUAGCCCGAUAGCAAAAUCCACUAUCCCCGGGCUAUCGGACACCGCUUUCUUUGCACGCUGCAAUGUAUCAGUUAACUAUUAGAACACUGCAAAGGAACUUGAUUACUAGGAAACGGCUUGAAAUCCAAGAUGGCAUCUGCAGUUGUAGUAUUUUUCUUGGUGGAACUUGUGCUAAAUUUUCUGAAACAAACAAGGACCUUUGACUGCCCGUCAAUGCCACACCUUUAUUGUAAAAACACAUUUUCCAAAAUUCACAAGGUCUUCAUGUAAGAAGUGAUGAAUUCUAACUGCCAAUUUGCAAGCAACUUUCUGGUUUUGUUGAUACUUUGAAAGAUAACUUGCAAAUUGCUUGUUUUGUACUUAGGCAUCCUUUGAAUAUGCAUUCAAGCCUCACGAGUCUUUUGGUGGACGACCAUUUGGACUUACCAUUAACAUGAUGUACAAGGAUUCGGUGAGAUAUUCAUGUAUCAAAAUAGAAUAAUUUUAUCACUAGUUCAUAGCCUGAACAACUCCUUCCCCAUUAGCUUAGCUGGUGGAGUGUCCAUAUGCAGAGCAGAAGUUUGUAGGUCAAAUGUUAACCAUACUAGCAACCAGGUUCUGAGUUUUUCUGUUCCUGAUACUAAUGCUUAUUUUCUCCAUCAGGAAGGCAAAUCCUUCAUGGAUGCAGUAUUUAAUGAGACCAUCAACAUUACAGAGAGUGAGGAAGGAAUAGAUGGCGAAACGUAAGGACUCACUGCUAUCAUUCCAUACAUGUAACUUCUCUAAUCAUUUUUUGUUGUUGUUACAUGUACUAUGCACUAUGCUAAGUGAAUAUUUAAUAGUAGGAAACUAUUCCCAUGCAUCAAAUUUUCAUCUAAAUUAAAAACAGAGAGACAUUUAGAUUUGUCCUUUCCUUUGACAAGAAAUUCUGAAAUCGGCCUUUUUCAUUGAACAACUUGUUCUAGAUUACAGUUUCUUGCCAAUAGCAAAUCUCGAUUUUGUGACGAAAUUAUACAUAGAAUGAUUUUGCUUUGUGCAAAGGAAUGAUCUUGUUUUAAAAUUCAUCUGUUUCAGCUUCUUUUUGUACGUGUUCCUGGCUGCAGUUGGCCUUUUGUUGGUUAUGGGAGGUCACUAUGCCCUGACAUCAGUCAAGGUACAUCAUCAUUGUUACGGUUAUUUACUAUUCAGUGUUUAGGGAGCUACUUUAUACUGUUAACCAAAUUUACUGAUUGACCACCAACUGAGUGAAAAAUAAUGUAACAGCAAAAGAACAUUUAACAAGGCAGAAAAUACUAAGGAAGCCAUGUGUGGAUUAACAGAAUUGAAGAAGAUCAAAACAGAGUGUGUUUUGGGUUUUUGAAAACCACUCAGCCCAUCAGUUUUUCAAAGUUCAUCUUUCUUAUUUGAAAUUUAUACAAGAUGUGUUUGCCAUAACACUGAAACUUGAGACUGCUAAAUUCUCUUUGGGACUCGUGAACUAAGUUCACAAAUUUUGUGAUUUGCACCAAUUACUUCUAUUGUCCCAAAAAAUUGGCUGUGAAAACCUAAAAUUGGUAUCAAAUGGGUUUGAAGAAACAUUGAACGGUUCUGCUUUAAUAGACAUUGCCUUUUUCACAAUAUUCAGUGAGUUUGUUUGGCCAUUUGAAAUUUUAAAAGCUCUGCUUUCUCUGAUAGAAACUUACCGUAACACAUUGACAAUACAGAGCAUUUCCAACCCUGUCGUGCUUUUAAAAUUUUCGGUCUAUUUAAUUAAAUAAGUGACAGCCGUGGUAUUUGUACUACUUCACCUUAAAUGUCCAAAAACGGUUAGUGUAGUCUAUGGUUGUCACUGUGAAAUGUUGUUUUGAUGCUGAAACAAUGCUUUUUUUAAAUAUAGGGAAAGAAACCAGCUCCCAAGCCUGUAGUAGAAAUGGGAACACAGCAGAAUACUGAUAUUGACUAUGACUGGCUUCCCAAGGAAACAACAACGGAGUUUGGUAUGUUUUGUAGCUCAGUGGUAAUUUAUUUGCUCUUGGAACGGGGGAGGGAGUCUGUGUCCGUGAUGUUAGAGACUUUUCUUCAAGAUUCAUUAUUUAAAAAGAUAUGCAGGAGAGAAUGGCUUGUGUUUUAAACCUGUUACUAGACCCUUGGCCAGUAUGAUUACCUCCGUAGUCAGCUGGCUCUGGAAUCUUAUCGUAGACUUUGUAAAGUCUGUUUCAUUUGGUAAUUGGUUAGGAGGGACAUUUUUCGUAGGCCAUUUUUGCGACUUUUUGCUAAAAAAUAGACUUAACUACAGUGUAAGUCAAAAUUGUUGGGACACUUUACUUGAUGAAUAGAAAUAAGUUAUUAGACUUCUUCAAUAUAAACUUCAUCUAUUAAAACACAUCCAAGUGUUGCAAAAAAAAACAACAAAUUGAUCAAAACUGGAGCAAAUACAUCGGCUUGCCAAUCUAACUCACACCAGUGUUAUUAUUUUUCUAUCCUCAAUGUCAUUUCCCUUGAUGUACUUGACACACAAUAAACGUUCUGUCUCUGCAGAACCCACUAUGUCACUGCUUCUCCCUUAUUAAAAUGUUUCGUAAUGUUUGUGGAGUAUUCCUCGAAUUGGUGCUGCAGUCUCUUAGUUUACUGUCUGUUGUUAAGACCCUUUUAAAAUGACUUGUGUUCACAGGGCUGUAAUUAAGGGACGGGGGCGGCUACUAUGACGGUGGUCCGCGGCAACUUUCGUAGGGAAAUAGAAGAAAAAUAAUGCCAAAAGAAAUCCCUAGCUGUUUGAUUGCCGGCCUACUUGUUGUAUUUACCUGGCAACUUGAAAUCUUAGUGACAACCCUGGUUUAGCUUUUUAACCGUCUAAUACGCGUUAUACACUUUUGGGUUAUUGAACUGAUGCUAUCUUGUGAAACCAUAAAAUUAAGGUAAGAUAUGUCAAAAGGUUCAAGACAGUAAUUGAAAAGUGGCAUGCGUAGUGACUGGCCUUCAUUUCUUGUGUGUCAAGUAAAAAAAUUUUCCACUGUUAUUAAGUAGCCUCUCCAACAGGCUAGGAAAGUUCUUGUAAAAUGGCUGCAGAACUCAAUACUUGUUCUUUAUGAACAAUUACUAUAACUUCAAUACUGAAGUUUUUAAACUAAAACAUUAAAUAAAUGCCUUUUCAUAGCAGUGAAUUUAGCUGUAGUCCUGCUUUUUUUUUUACUUUUAAAUGUAUUGUAGUGUAUUUAUGAUUUAUCAAUUGAGUUUGGCACGGCAGUAGCUCAGCUUGGUUUCAAACGUCGUGCUACCGCCGUGCUGAAAAGUCGGCCGAACUCAAUUCAUAAAUUAGAAAUGCACUAGAAUAUAUAUUGCUAAACCGUUUCAUUAUUGAUUUUUUUUGUUUUCGGCAACAGCCGUUCUAUUCGACUGAAUUAAAUUAAACGACAGAAACCAAGUCGUGCUUGUGUCGUACUGCAGUCGAGCUACCGUUGAACCAGCUUAGCACGGCAGUAGCACGACAUUUGAAACAGGCCUUACAUAAUGAUUCAAAGCAGUGUUACAAAUAAUCAACAGCGAACAGAAACGUAUUCUCCUCUCAUGUUACGCAAACGAAGAGAAUUUUCAAGACUCUUGAACAUUCCAAGAACGAUAAAAUCACGUACAUAAUGAGUACAAACUCGUUCCUUACCCCAAAGGAAAAGGCCCCGGCUAAGAAAGCAAGGCCAAAGUCAGUACUGAAGGAUACAAUACCAACUCCGCGGUUUCGCGGUAUGGCCAGUACCUCACACAUGCACACAGCCACAUCACCCAGGCAGUGGCAGCCGUGGACACUAGUGUCAGUGAUCGAAAGUGCGCCCUUUCGCCUGGGUUAUGCCAUCUGAUGAGUGUCUGUAACCCGGGGGGUACUCCUGAGAAUUCUUGGUGGGUUAGGGUUUGCGGUCCUCCGCAUCCUGGCCUUAUUUCAAACCAAAAAAUGUCAUUUUUCAGACCUGGCCUAGAAGAAAUUACUUAGAUAAGAACAGCAACAAAAAGGUUUCUUAAAAGCCAUUACGAAUUCGCAUACGGUAUUUCUCUUUCUUUCUUACUCAUUUGGAAUUGAAACGACAAAUACGUUCAUACAGUCCUGUAGUUCCCUCGAAAACCAUACCCGACUCCAGACAAAAACGGCACAAAACCCCACUCUGUGGGGCGGCACAUACCUUUAUGGCUUGUAUAAGGGAGAACACCCCCCCGCACUCGACACGGGCCUUAUGAAGACGACAGAGCUGUGCAUAGAUAUCACUGCCUGGGUGAUAUGGCUAUGUGCUUGAAGUAGGUACUGGCCCGAGGCGAUUAGUUGUACUUGCCAUACCACGACGGAGUUAACAGUCUGUGCUUCAUUGCUGAACUUGGUCUGGUUCUAUCAAAGAAUAGCAAUAGAUGACAAGAGAAACUGGCACGAGAAAAGCCCUGGGAACGAAAUGCUAAGCGUUUGGUGCGCUUGGGUAUCCUGUGGUUUCCACUCCCGAGGGCUGGACACCUUAUGACGCCUUAAAUGACGCCUACACAAAAUAAUUCGGGGAAGUCUGGGUCGAGAAGAGUCAAACAUGGCGGACGAGCUCGACGUGAAUUCGAGCAGAGUUGUAGAAGGUUAGAAAAACAAACCAGUAUAUACCUCAAUCAUUAACGCAUCUUCACCUAGUUUGCGUAACAAUCUAGAGGGUAUAGGUACCGUUAUGUAGGGGCAUCUUUUUUAAAUGUCCGAGCAUUUCAACAAUCAGAUGCAGAAAGGUUGAUUUUUCGAACCAAGCGCUUAUCUCAUGAUUUUGAGUGGUGUGUCUUUACUCCACUUCCGAGGCCUUUUGUUCUGCAGUCAUAGAAUAUAUGUUUAAAUCAAGUCGCAAAAUGAGACUGCUUGUUCUGCAGUCCUUACCAAGUGGAAAUGGGAUGAAUUUCCAUGGGAACAUGCUGUCUGUUGACUUUUGUUUGUUUCCAGCUUUUCCAAUAACAAAUAAUAGAAAAAGAGUGAUGGCCCCAAAAAAUUUAACAGGUGGGGACAAGAAACAUUUCUUUUCAUUUAUUUGCCUUACUUUUUUAUGUUUUUUUAAUAGGGUCAUUGUAUUCUGACCUUCACGGAAGUGUAAGAUACAGUUUAGGACAAAUUGGUCUUCAGGUAACUUCUCUACUGAUCUAA